CACUUCCCGCGGAGGGACUGUCCCGUGGCACCUGGGGGCGGCGGCGGGGGACGCGGAGUCCGGAGCUGCGACGAUGGAUGACCGCAGCCUGGAGGAGUUCCGACGGCGCUGGCAGGAGGAGCUGGCGCAGGCUCAGGCGCUGAGGAAGCGGCGGCGGCCCGAGGCUGCGGAGCGGCGGCCCCGGCGGCCCGAGGUGAACCCCGGGCGCGGCGAGCAGGCCUCGGGAUACCUGGCGCUGGCCCAGGGCCUCCUGGAGGGCGCGGGGAGGCCCCCCGGGGCGCGGGCGACGCGGGCCGAGAGGUCGGACGCAGCGAGCCGUUCCCGCUCCCCCCCGGUCCGCGAGGGCGCUGGGGGCGGCGAGGCGCUGGUGGACCAGCUCAUCCGCGACCUGAACGAAAUGGAUGAUGUGCCCUUCUUCGAUGUCCAACUGCCUUAUGAAUUGGCCAUCAACAUAUUUCAGUAUCUGGGCAGGAGAGAACUUGGACGGUGUGCACAGGUGAGCAAGACGUGGAAGGUGAUUGCAGAAGACGAAGUGCUGUGGUACAGGCUGUGCCAGCAGGAAGGACACCUUCCGGAGAGCAGCAUCUCGGAUUAUUCUUGCUGGAAGCUCGUCUUCCAGGAGUGCCGAGCCAGGGAACACAUGUUAAGGACCAACUGGAAGAAUCGAAAGGGGGCCGUGAGCGAGCUGGAGCCUGUUCCUGACGCAGUGUUGUGUGACGUGCACUCUCAUGACGGCGUUGUCAUUGCUGGAUACACAUCAGGGGAUGUGAGGGUGUGGGACACCCGCACCUGGGACUAUGUCGCCCCCUUCCUGGAGUCGGAGUUUGAGGAGGACGAGCCUGGAAUGCAGCCAUAUGUCUCCUUUGUGAGGAUAAACAGCUCGCUGGCGGUAGCAGCCUAUGAGGAUGGGUUUCUUAAUAUUUGGGAUCUAAGGACUGGAAGGUAUCCUAUCCACCGUUUCGAGCACGAUGCAAGAAUCCAAGCAUUAGCCCUCAGCCGAAAAGGUGCCACUGUCGCCACAGCCUCUGCAUUUGGUGUUAUAAUGCUGUACCCCAACGAGGAGGGCUACUGGCAGAUGGCUACAGAGUUUGAAGUUCAGAAAUUGGUUGACUACCUGGAAAUAGUUCCAGAUACUGGAAGGUACCCUGUGGCAAUAGCCGCUGCUGGAGAUCUGGUCUACCUGCUGAAAGCUGAAGACUCCGCCAGAACCCUCCACUAUGUCUACGGUCAGCCCGUCACGUGUCUGGAUGUCUCUGCCAACCAGGUUGCCUUUGGCGUAAAGAGCCUAGGAUGGGUGUACGAAGGAAACAAGAUCCUGGUGUACAGCCUGGAAGCAGAACGCUGCCUCUCGAAGCUGGGAAAUGCCCUCGGCGACUUCACGUGCGUCAACCUCCGGGACAGCCCUCCCAGCCUCAUGGUCAGCGGCAACAUGGACAGGAGGGUGAGGAUCCAUGACCUCCGCACUGAUAAAAUUGCGCUGUCGCUCUCCGCCCACCAGCUUGGGGUCUCUGCGGUGCAGAUGGAUGACUGGAAGAUUGUCAGCGGCGGCGAGGAAGGCCUGGUCUCCGUGUGGGAUUACCGCAUGAACCAGAAGCUGUGGGAGGUGCAUUCUAGGCACCCCGUGCGGCAUAUCUCCUUUAAUAGCCACAGCCUCAUCACAGCCAACGUGCCCUGCGAGCGGGUGGUGCGCAACGCUGACCUGGACAACUCCGCCACGCACAGGAGACACCGGGGGCUGAUCCACGCCUACGCAUUUGCAGUGGACCAGCUGGCGUUUCAGAGCACUCUCCCCAUCUGCCGCCUGGCCUGUGGCGCCAUGAGCAGUCACAACUACAACCUCGCACUGGCCUUCUCGGACAGCACUGCCUAGGGCAGGCCCAGAGCGCCCUGCUCCAGGUGGGACCGUCCCGUUAACGGUUUGGGGGAGGGCUCGGGCUCCCGCGCCACCCAGGAAGCACUGUCUUCUUGUUCCUCUGAUUUGCAUCCCAGCCUGGCUCAGGAGUGCCACCCCUAGCUCAUUUUCCUUCUGGGCUGGGAGGCACAGCAGCCACCUCCCCCGGAAGGCAGUGUUCCCUGCGCGCAGUUCUGUGAUUUACCUGUACGUUUGUGGAGCGCUGGCUGACUGCUCUGUCCUCCCGACAGGACACCACGUCAGUGUUUCCUAGGAGAGCAGGUGGCAGGUGGCACAGGGCUCAGGAGUGGUGAGGGCGGGCCCAGCUCCCUCUGUCCACCUUUCUCCCCAGGACGAUGGCAGGCUUGCCGACAGAGGGAGAUGGGGAUGCUGCACACAUCAGCACUGGCCACAGCUAGUGCAGAGCGUGACCCCGGCCCCAUUCACUGCCCCCCAUGCGAUAUUAGACAUCCGCAGGUUGCAAAAUAACACACGCACCUGGACUGAAAGGGGGGGCGGCAAGCCUGGAGGACAGGAAUUCCUGGCCCCGGGGAGUAGUGAGUGCGCGGAGGCCGGGCUGGGCUUUGAAAAUAAGGUAGAGGGGACCCAGUUAGCCAAAAAGCCUUAGAAAGCUCCAGAGAGGUCUUCAGUCCCUCACCCCCAGCUUGGCAGGCAGGAUCAGGGGUGGAUAUGUGCGUGCCUCUCCUGCCCAGUCUGGGCCCAGCGGGAUCUCUGGAAGUUUCUGCAUCCUACAGGGCUGCCUUCCCCGACACGGUUGACCACCAUCCUGAGCCGGCUCCUUUCCCUCCCUCUGCCACACAGGCCACCGUCCAGGGUGCCACCCGGCUCUCCCAGAGCCACCUCCCCUCCGGGCUGACUCGUCUCACCCCUGUUAUCUCCACAUUCGUUCUGACAUUAAACUUGUGGGAUUUCCUGACACCUCGCACUGUUUGCACCCUGGCUCCCCCUCUCGAAAGGGCCUUGCUCUGCCGUCCCAGCCUUGGGCGGGAAACUGGGCGGAAGGGUGCUUGUCCCUGAGUCUUGAAGAGACCUCCGCCCCGCCCGGAGUUUCAUCUCUGCCACUACACUGGUUUUCAGGGCAAGUCAGGUGCCUCUGUCGCCCGGCACUCACUCACAGGUCAGGGAUGGCGUCUCCUUCCCCACCGAGGAGCAGUCCCGGCUUUGCUGACUGCCCGGAUGACAGCUGAUCAAAGGCCAACCUGAAUCUCUGCUCGAGUGGAGUUCUGGUCCUUUCUACAGGACAAGCCCCAAAGGGGGGCUCUUCACCCCAUUCCACCCGAAACCCUGGGACCCCAGUGCUCCUCACUCUGCUAAUGAGAGGCCAGCGCUGGCCCCUGCACGGAAGCGGCACUCGAGACAGCCGCACAGUGGCUGCUG